GUUGGGGGUGAGCAUGUUAGACCAAGUGUUUCUCCCUCUGUAACCAUGGUGACUGAGCAAGAGGUGGCUCACCCGGAACGGGAAGCGGCGAUGCCGAAGGGGGGCAGGGUUUCCUGGAUGCCGGUGUCUCCAAGCUCGUGUCUUUCUUUUCUGUAAAUUUGACCGGAAUUUUUGUUUUUUCCCCCUUUGCGAGAGUUGAUUCCGGGGGGGCGGCCGCAUGCAGGGCGAGGGCGGGCGGCCGCUGGGGGAGGCGCUGGAGGGCAGCCUGAGGAGGGAUCUGCGGGCCGCCGACCUCAAGUGCAGCCUCUUCAUGUCGGCGCUGCAGAGCUACCGGCGGGACUCGGUGCUCCGGCCCUUCCCGGCCGCCUACUUCAGCGGCGACAGCAAGGACUUCGACGCCUUGCUUGCUGAUGCCCAGAAUCUGCCAAAUCUAAAACAGCUGCUACAGUCUGGAACAAUCCCACAAAAGCGAACCUUGGAGCUUCUGAGCUGGUUCUGUUUGUCAAAAAACCUAACCAUCAAAAGUUUGGGAAAAGAAGGGUAUGAAGAAAUCCAGGAACUCAUUGGGUUCACAACGCCCUCUGCUGCUAUCCCCGAUUUCCUAUUUGAGAUAGUUUAUUGUGAUCAGAUGAAUGCCAAGUUUGAUGAAACCAAAGGAGACAGAGAUCUCAUCUAUGCAUUUCAUGGGAGCCGGCUUGAGAAUUUUUAUUCUAUAAUUCACUGUGGUUUACAAUGUCACCUAAAUAAGACUUCGCUCUUUGGGGAAGGAACCUAUCUUACCAGUGACCUGAGUUUGGCUCUUCUGUAUAGUCCCCAUGGUAAUGGUUGGGAUCAGAGCAUGCUUGGUCCCGUCCUUAGCUGUGUUGCAGUUUGUGAGAUUAUUGAUCAUCCAGAUGUUAAAUGUCAAGUUAAAGGAAAAGAUACUGGAAGCAUAGAUCGACGAAGAGCAAGGGUGAAAAACAGCGAAGGUGGGGAUGUCCCACAGAAGUACUUUGUGGUCACAAACAACCAGCUCCUAAGAGUUAAAUAUUUGCUCAUUUAUGCUGAGAAACUGCACCGAAGAAGGCCCACAAGACAGCCAUCCUGGAUCUCCCAGCAUAGUUUUUUAGUUAUGAUGAUGAUGUAUUUGUUACUUCUGAUAGUUAUUGGUGCCUGUAACUCACCAGCUUUCCAGUAUUACUGGAAUCGAUUUCUUGAAACAAAGCGAUGAGUUUGUUGCUGCAGUGUUUUUAGCUGGCCAAAAUGGUUGACAUGCACUACAAUUCUUACCUGAUGCCUUAGUUCUCACUGUUACAGAAAGGCACUUGUGGACCAACAAUAACUUAAUUUACAAAAGUUAUAGACAGCCUACUGUGCCAAGAAUAUUUUAAAGGUUUUGGGACACCAAUAUCAUUCCAUUCCAGCUCUUUUAUGUCUCUAUAUAGUUCUGAAUAAAAUAGGUCUUCUGUAUUGAUAAAGGGUAAUGACUGACUGUUCUGGAGAAUGGAACGAUUCCUGUUUCCAGUUUUGCAACAGGCAGCCGUCUUCAACCUUGUGCUCAGCAUGCUGCAGGUGUAGAAUCAUGUGCCUUUUGCAUUAGCCCCACUAAUUGGCUCAUGCCUAACCUGGAAGUGGAACCUGCAUUUCAGUUUACUGACUGGUUCUCCACUGCAUUGGAGGCAGCUGAAACCACUGCACUGUUUGAAAUUCUGACCUUAACAGUCAUCAGAGAGGAAAAAUCAUUGUGUCCCUGAAGCAAGCUGAAAACAAGUUGACACUUUUAGAAGAGCUUCAAUUGGUCUAUUACUGUAAUGUAAAUCCUUUUUCUUGAUGGAUCUCUGAGUGUGUUGAGAAACCAAUUUUGUAUGUUCUUUAUAACAGUGUAAAAUAUAUUAAAUAUUUGGCAUUCAAACUGUUCAAUGUCCCCAUAACAGGCUCACUGUUUGUACUCCUUGCAUUACUUUCCCCAGAAUUUCAAGAAAUCCUUAGACAGUAAAAGUAUGUACAGUGAAUAAUUUUAUACCAUAUUAUUAUGCAUUUUCUAUCUAUGGUUGUGAACUUUGAUGUAAGCAAACUGUAAAACAGGAAAUUUCUUGCAUAAACUUUAGCCUGCAUCAAGUGCAAGAACGGGUUUAUUGUUUUUAAUAUGUAUUAACCCAAGGGUUCAACAAAAUACAUAUACAGAAGUCAUCUUUUAGGCUAUAAAGGAAAUAUACUUGUUUGGGUUACUAAAGUGAUUUCAAUUAAACAAUACUUGCAGUUUUAUGCCUUCUCUAUUAUGACCCAUUCUUGCAAUCCAAAUUCUAUUUGAGAAAUAUUUAUAUAAUAUAUAGUAUAAUGCAUGUAUUCAUCUGAAUGUUGGAAUUUGUUUUCUGAGGUUAUUUAUACUUGGAAGUAUUCACAAGUAUUUCUAACCAGUAUAUUGCUAAAACAUAAUUUUAGAUUCUGAUCUAUUUUACCAUGCCAAUACAAGACACCAAAUGAAUUACUUGGCAGAAUCAUUCCUUCUGUCACAGCAUCCCAAUGUUGCUGAAUCUAAUAAACCUAAGUAGAUUUUAAAAGUAAUACCAGGUUACGUUUUUCAUUCAGUGCCCACUUGGAGUAUUAAUCUGCUUGUUUUGUUCUGGUCCCAGUUCACCUUCUAUGCCUUAAUAUUUAGUGACCAAAUAGGUAUUUUUUAAGUAUAAUGUAAAGUCAAUUAUGUGACUUUGUAAGAUCACGUUUUGUGACUGAGUUAUUUAAGGGGAAAUUGUUACUUUAAUUUUCUUUAAAGUAAUGGGGUGGGGUAAGAUAAUUUUGGUUUUAAGGUGCUUGGUAGAAUUUCUGUCCAAAUUCUAAGCAUUUGAAACAACUGUUCUUAUCUACAAUAUCAUAUCAGUCCUGAAUUGUUGUGUUGUGAGUAGUAAUGAAAAGUAUGCUCUUCUUAUCUUUCCAUAAAAAAUUUAAAAAAAGCUCUUACCCAGUCAUUAAACCUUAAUGUUAUUUUCACAUGUCUUUUCAUAUUGGUGCAAUUGAAGUUUAGAAUUCAAAAAAUUCAGUGAAGUGGUGAGGAAGUGGAGAAAAAUCCUUAAUUUUCCCCUCUUCCUCAAGUCCCAUGUUACAAUAAUAAAAGAUUACUCAAAUCUAAUUCAGUAUUUCUGUGGACCCAACAGGAAGGGAGCAAUGGUGUUACAUCAAGUACUUAAUCCCAAGUGCCUAUGCCUCAAUUUUAAAGUUCGUCAGAUAAUCCCAAGUUAUUUUUCUCUGCUGAGAGAAUGGCACUUUCUAUUUUUUGCCUAUUUUCUCUUCUGGUUUCCCAUAUGGUCUCCAUUGGGGAUGUGCUUGCCAGCCUCACUAAUGUUGCUGUUCAGACAAAUUUCAUAGGAAUUGGAUGAGUUUAGCCCAUGGAUAAUUGUCCUUUUUGAGUAGAUGCUUGGUCUCAGUUUUUAGGCUUAGCAGAUCAGAGGCGAUGGGAAUGCAUCCCAAGAACAACUUCUGUCUGAAGUCUUCAAGUCCUUUGGAUUGCAGUCAACAUCUUUAGGAACUGGAUAAUGCCUCUUCAGUCUUUUUUCAUAUAAUAAGCCUCUUAUGUCUGCCUUUCUCUUGCAUUAAUGUUUUAAAAAUGCAAACAUCUGUUUACCAUGGUGAGAGGAUGUUGAUGAAAUGGCCAAUAAAGAUAUCUGUUACUUGUU